AUGCCUCCUGUAGAAAUUCAGUGGUGUGAUCACUCGUCGGUGUUGUUGGAGUACCUGCGGCAGCUGUAUGAGGAGGGCCGCUUUGUGGAUGUGGGCCUUGAGUGUGAGGGGCGCCAGGUGAAGGCUCACAAGGCUGUCAUCUCUGCCUGCAGUCCAUAUCUUGAGGGUCUGUUGAAAGGAAAUCCUGCCCGGAGUCAUCUCAUCAAGUUCAAUGGAUAUUCCUACAACAGCCUUCGAGCAGUCAUAGACUUCAUGUACAAUGGCAAAGUGAUGGUAGAGCAGGAGCAUCUUGCUGCUUUCCUGAAGCUGGGCAGAGCACUCCAGGUGCGAGGGAUCCUGGACAUCGCUGCCCAGUGUGAAGAGGCUGGCCUUACCACAGCAGAGGAGACAAAAUUCAAUAAAUCUGUUGCAGCCAAUGCCCAGUACAGCACAACAGUCCAGCAGCCACAGAAGCCUGUCAGUCAACCCCUGGCACAGAGCAAGAUGGUACAGCAGGCCACAGGGGUCUCAGAACUGAAGCCUGAAACAAAGAAGUAUGCCUUCCUGCUAGACAAAGGCUCAGCCAACACCCCCAAAAAGCCAGGCCCACAGUUCCGAAAAGUCAUGCCAAAUAUCAUUGGUUCAGUCGACCAGCAAGGCAACAUCAAUAAAGUGACCAGUGUUGGGGCUGCCCAGGUGGCUCAACAGCAGCAACAGCAGCAACAAGCACACCAGCAGGCUGUGCACCAGACACAGCCACAACAGACGGUCCAGCAGGUGGUACAGGAACAGCCACAGCCAGUACAAGAGGAACCACAGCAACAGCAGCAGCAACAGCAGCUCCAGCAACAGUCUGAAGAGGGUGGCCAGGGUCAGCAGCAGGAGGCAGCUCCCACCACACUGGAAGAAUUACAGCAGGCAUUGUCCUCAGGCCAGGCCAUCCUCCAGACUACAGACAAUGGUUCAGAACAAACCCUGCAGAUGGUAGAAGGACAAUGUGUGGUGACGGGUUCUGGCCAAACUUAUGUGGUAGUGCAAGAGGGCGACAAUAUCAGCUUUGUACCAGCAGAGAUGGUCCAAGGAGACCUUGGUGCUGCAGUCAAUGGAGGCCAGCAGGUUGUAGAAGGCCUUGACCCUGUGGAGCAGCAGCUUGCACAGAUGGAGGGACAGGUCCUCACACACAACCAAGUUACAGAAAGCACAGAACCAGCUCAGCAGGAGGCUAGUGGGGUGCCUGUCAGUAGUGGUGGGACUGUGACAGGUGACAGUGGCUCUUUGGAGACCAUGAGUGUGGUAGAGUCUCUUGUCAAGUUGGGGGAGAAGCAGCCAACAGAGACAGAAAAUGGUUCUACAGAGGAGACACCUGAGGUUGGACCAGACAUGCCGAGUCUUGAUGGGGAUGGAACUGAUGACAGGACGGAGGUUGGAGCAUCAAUGCCAUGCUUGGGAGAUGUGACUGAAGAGGAGGAAGGUGUCCCAGCCUCCAGUGAGGGCGGUGAAGGUGAGGGUGGUGCUGGCCAGGAUGAAUCAGAGGAUGCUGCUGAGGGAUCCACUGGGGAGGAAAUUGGCAAGAGAAAGAGACAACCCUCCCAGAAGAUGAUUGAGGCAAUGGGCAUGCUGAAGAGGAAGGUUCCUGAGUCUCCCACACAAGGUGGUGGGAGAGGUAAAAAGUUGAAAAAUUAAUCAUACAUCUUGGUGUCCUGCUAAGUGUUUCCGUAGAGUAAGUUCAGACUGGGGAAAUCACUCAACAAGGCCGCAUCCGUGUACAGUGUGUGGAUAUCCCUCUCUUUCUUUUCCCCUCCCAUCAUUUGGUUAUUAAAUUUACCUUUCUGAUAUUGAUGCAUUUGUGCUAUUACAUCUUUUACUAUGGGCCUCUGUGAAUUUCCUUUUUGUCGGAUUUGUACAUAUUUUUGUUUAGCUCAAGAUAACAUACUGAAAAAAAAAGCAUUAGGAGAAUAAGCAUGGAAUAUUUCAUUUAAGACUAGAUACCAAUACCAAAUAUGUUUUUUUUUCAUGUGUGUUAAUUUUUUUUUUAGUAGUAAGAAUUUUCUUUAGAAUUCUAUUUUAGUUUAAACAGAGAAUUGGGAUCUUCAUUUAAAAUAUAUCCUGUAAUAUUCUAUGCCAGACCUUGAAUGGCACCUAGUUUCUCUCUCUCUCUCUCUCUCUCUCUCUCUCUCUCUCUCUCUCUCUCUCUCUCUCUCUCUCUCUCUCUCUCUCUCUCUCUCUCUCUCUCUCUCUCUCUCUCUCUCUCUUAGAUACAUUUGGGUACAUACAAAAAGGGAAGGGUUAUUCCGUCAGCUCAGUAGUGUGUGCAGUCACUUUUCAAGGCUCCUUGGGGUCAUCCCAUCACACCAUCCUGCCAUUCCCACAUCAGAGAAGAAAAUAGCAAAUCACCUCAACUUAAAUUUAUUCUGUGAACUUUAUAGAAAUAUUUCAAUUUAAUAACCUAUAACUAUUUUUCUUUUGGAAGGCACCUUUUUAUAUAUUUUUUUUUUAUUGUGCUGUAAUAUCACAUAAUAAAUGUUGAAAGGCAUUGAGUACGAUUUCAUGAUAAUGACAUAUGCAAAGGAAUAUUGAUUUUGGACUAUGUUCUGUACUUUAGUACUUAAAAUGUAAGUACAUUUUUGGAGUAAUAUUACAACUGUUGGUUGUUGAGAUGCUCCCAACUUUGCACCCUGGUAGUUGUACUGACUUUGGCUAUGGGAAUUCUUACCAGGGUAGGGUUAAUGAUGCUUCACUGAACAGGGAAGAAGUGAUGAAUGAAUGUUCAUUUUUAAAUGUUGAUUCUUAUUUUUCAAUGAUAGUCUGGUGUUCUCGUUGCCCAUAAAAAAGGCUGUGCUGGAAUGUCAUUCGUGGUAACAUUCAGUGGCUUAAUUCUUUUAACAGAACUUUCUUGCCCAGGGGCAUGUAAGAGGUCCAUUAAUAAUGUCAGCAGUUGCAGAAAGCUGUGUCACACUGUACUCCUUCCUGGGGCUGCUGAUGCCACUUGCCACAUGGAAGGAAGUUACAAUCCUUAUGUAUGAGGGUGUCAGUCAUGUCAGCUUGUCUUGUGAAAGUUCAUUGCUGUGCCAAAUUGGUUUUCACUUAUCGUAAGAAUGAUUAUUCAUCAAGAACUUACUAUCCAUGAGUUUCUUAUAAUCUUGUCACUGUAAAAAGAAUUUUUUGUUAAUAUAAGGCCAUCGAGCCACAUACUACAGUCAAAGCAGGAGCUCAAGCAUUUUCUUUCAAAUGUUGCUGUUUACUGUCCAGGAUUCUAUUAUGAUCAGGUUUUUGGCUAGACGGUUAUGUGAUGCAAAGACAAUAUUGCUUCAUGUACAUUAUGUCAGGCACAUGCUGUUAGUUAUGAAUCUAUGGCCAGAAGUCUGAAACAAGGUAGGAGAAAAAUAUGUUCCAUUCACGGACUUUUCUAUACUGUGGAGUUGUUAAUGGGAGCAUUAGAUGGAGCCAUACAGAGCACAUCAUUGAGAGCAACCAGUUUCUGUUUGCUAGAUUUUGUAUGAAGCUGAAUUACUUGUACACUGCUUUUCAUGAUGCCUGAAAAUUUGUAUAUUCGGUAUAAUGUGAUUGCAAAUCUUACUUUCAUAAUUAUAUUUUCCCAGAUAUAUAGUAUGUACACACUAAGACCACCAGUAAGAUCACGCAACUGUGUGUGUGUGUGUGUGUGUGUGUGUGUGUGUGUGUGUGUGUGUGUGUGUGUGUGUGUGUGUGUGUGUGUGUGCGUGCGCAUGCGUGCGGGGGUGUGCAUGCUUGUGUGUGUGUGUGUGUGUGUGUGUGUGUGUGUAAGAGAGAGCAUGUGAGUGUGUGCAUGCGAGUUCGUGUGUUUCAUACUUAUGCUUACACACAAGUUUUAGCUCUCUUAAUAUUGUCUGUAUUCACAUUAGAUUCAUGGUAGAUUAAAUGCUGUUAUAUGUUGAAAAUAAUUCAGAAUGGUAUGCUUGAUUUUCUUUCUGUGGAUUCAGCAACAUCGUAGAAGAUAUGUAAUGGGAAGGAUUAGAAAAUUGAUGUGGAAAUGUAUUCAUUUUAAAUUAAUUUCUUUUAUGCUGUGAAAGCCACUGUUCAAUGGUAUAGCAGUUGCAUUGUUGCCUGAAUAUAGUUAUAAGAUUUAAGAAUUUCCACAAGCUACACUUGCAUUUUGUGGCGUGUUUUGUUCCUUAGUUUACUUAUAAAGUGGAUUCCUUUCCUCUGGAGUAGGCAUGAGGUGAGCAGUGAUGUACAAAUUGACCUGUACUGCCACCCUGUCCAGGUUCCCAGCAACUUGUAAGACAUGUAGCUCAAAACAUAAACAUUGAGGAACAUGAA